AUGGAUGUUAUAUGUCGUUGUGCAUUUGGUAUUGAUACUGAUAUGCAAAAUGAUAUUAAUAAUCCAUAUUUACAAAAAUCAGCUGCAUUAUUUAAAACAGAUAUUGAUGACCUAUUACUUUUUCGAUUGGCUAACUUAAUACCAUUUCUUGCACGUCCUUUACAUGAUAUUGUAUUUGGUUUAGGAGAUGUUCGUCGAAUAUUAAUGAAAUUAAUACCAAUAUUAAAUGAUUAUGUUGAAGAAAUUCCAGCUUUAUGGUUGAUGAAUCGUGUUCAAGAAGUUGUUGAUCUUCGUAUUCAAUCAUCAUCAAAUUCAAUAAAACGCACAGAUUUAUUACAACUUAUGAUGGAAGCUACUCGUGAUAAUGUUAAAGAUCAUGUUGACGAUCCAUCAAUUACAAAAGCAUUACAAUCAAAUGAACUUAUACCGAAUAUUUUUCUUUUUAUGGCUGCUGGUUAUGAAACAACAUCAACAGCACUUGCUUAUUCAACAUAUAUUUUAGCAACAAAACAAGAUAUUCAAGAAAAACUUGUUGAAGAAAUCGAAAAUAGCAACUGA